AUGAUGAAUCGUGCUCUGCUCUUACUAUUACACGUUAUUACUGUUUCUUGCGUUGUAGCAUCAGGCAAAGUGAUUUUGACGAUGAAGAACAACAUCACUCGCUCUUUUGAUGACAUCGAAGCUAAUUUCGCCCGUUCAGUGAAGACUACAGGUGAAAUUGGAAUACUUUAUGUAGCAGAGCCUCUUGACGCUUGUCGGAAUCUGAUGAAUGAACCAGAACAGAGCUCAAAUGAAACUUCGUCCCCUUUUGUGUUGAUCGUAAGAGGAGGUUGUAGUUUCGAAGAGAAAGUAAGAAAAGCUCAAAGAGCUGGUUUCAAAGCUGCUAUUAUCCAUGACGAUGAAGACCGUGGAAGCUUGAUUGCAAUGGCAGGUAACUCUGGAGGUAUCAAGAUUCAUGCUGUUUUCGUUAGUAAAGAAACGGGACAAGUGUUGAAGGAGUCUGUGGGUUUGCCUGAUGCGAAAGUUUGGUUGCUUCCGAGUUUUGAGAACUCGGCGUGGUCGAUUAUGGCGGUUUCAUUCAUCUCGCUGCUUGCAAUGUCAGCUGUUCUCGCUACUUGUUUCUUUGUCCGUAGGCAUCGUAUAAGAAGGCGAACAUCUCGGUCCUCUAGAGUCCGUGAGUUUCACGGUAUGAGCCGUCGUUUGGUGAAAGCAAUGCCGAGUCUUAUAUUCACUUCGGUACAUGAAGACAACAGUACUGCAUUCACUUGCGCUAUCUGCCUCGAAGAUUACAAUGUUGGCGACAAGAUCAGGCUCUUACCUUGCUGUCACAAGUUUCAUACUGUGUGUGUUGACUCGUGGUUGACCUCUUGGAGAACUUUCUGCCCUGUGUGCAAACGGGAUGCUAGAACAAGCACGGGAGAGCCGCCAGCUUCAGAGAGCACGCCAUUACUCUCAUCCGCUGCAUCGUCUUACAACUCUUCCUCUGUGCUCUCUUCCAUCAGAUCAUCAUCCGCAAUGUUGAUCGGUCCUUCCAUGGGAUCAUUACCAUCUUCAAUCUCUUUCUCUCCCGCGCACGCUAGCUCAUCUUAUAUCAGACCAUCAUUCCGGUCUUCCUCUAACCGGCGAUCUCCUCCAAUAAGCGUAAGUCGAAGCUCUAUGGAUCUCAGGCAACAAGCAGCUUCUCCAUCCCCGUCGCAGAGAUCAUACAUUUCCCAUAUGGCUUCUCCACAGUCAUUGGGGUACCCUACUAUAUCGCCUCUCAACUCCAGGUACAUGUCACCGUAUAGGCCUAGCUCGAGCAAUGCGUCACCUGGAUUAAUCGGAUCAUCCAAUUAUCCGUUCCAUCCGUUGCGUUACAGUGAAUCAGCCGGAACUCUCUCUCCAUACGCCUCGGCAAACUCGCUACCAGAAUGUUAA